GGCUGAGGUCCACUCACUGCUCCUGGAGGCCACCUGCUGCUUCUUGCUGUGGGAACCAUCUUACGGCCCCUCUCUGCCCCUCUCCUUAGCUGAGCCUCUUGAAGACCCGCAGGAGACCAUCCUCUCCAUUCCAGCAGGAACAGUUACCUCCUGUGUCUUCUCAUCCUUGAAGACUCACCUCAACCAACACCUUCUUCAGAAAAUCCUCGCUGGUGUCCUUCCUUCUCAUUCUCUCCUCCACAGCCUAGGUAAGUUACCCUUCCUUUGUCUCCUCAGGUGACUGAGCAGCUAUCCCUGUGUGGACAUCAUGGAGGCUAAGAUACUCUUGUGUCGUAUUAUCUACCCUAGAGGUGAAUCACAAUUAUCUGCUGUAUUAUUUAUGUAUUGCCGUGUGACAAAUUACCCCAAAACUUAGAGGCUGGGAACAUUUAUCUAUCAUCUUGAAGUUACUAGAGAUCAGAAACUGGGGAGUGACUUUGCUGGGUAGUGCUGACUCAGAAUCUCUCUUGAGGUUGCUGCCGGAAAGUCAGUGCGAUGCCGUCAACUGAAAGCUUAACAAGGACUGGAGGGUCUGCUUCCAAGCUUUCUCACGCGGCUGUGGGCAGGAGGCCUCAUCUUUGAUGGCUGUCGGACAGAGGCCUCAGUUCUUCCCCAGGUGGGCCUGUCCGUAUGACAGCACUGUGGCUAGCUUCAACCAGAUGAAGAACCCAAGGACGAGAGACGUAGAAGUCACAGUGUCUUCUGAACCUGGCUUCAGAAGUGACACACCACUGCUUCUGUUAGUCACACAGACCAACCCUGGGACCGAGUGGGAGGAGAUCAAAAGGGCAUGAAUAUCAAGAGUCAGGGUCAUUAGAGGCCAUCUUGGAGGUGACUCUGUCUGUCUCACUGGCCUGAACUCGGUCUUGUGCCCCUUGCACUCCCCCACCUCCCCCACACUUGCUUAGUGUAGUGUCUGCUUAGCAGUUGGUAGUCAGUUCAUUUUAGUUUGAAUAAGUGAGUAAGUGAAUGAGAUAUCAAUGGUAAUUUUAUGCAUUUUAUAUGCUCAAUAAGUACUUAUUAGCUAACUACCUCUUGCUAUGUAAGGCAAGAAGCAAUAAUAAAUUAUGUCUUAAUUACAGAAGUAAGGAAUGUCUGAGCUCUCCAGCCUUCAGAAAACUAUUCUGCAAUAAGGUGGGGUGUGGUAGAUAAGUGGAUGGACAGAUGGAAAGUUGGAAGGACAUAAAGAUAGAUGCAGUUCCCGUCAGUCCCAUCUCUAUAUUUUUAAGGAAAAUUAUUUUGCUUUGUUGUGCUUACAUUUUUCUAAUUUCUUCCCCCUAUUCUUUAAUUUCUCACAGCAAAAUUGAUACUAGGAAAUUUUCAAGCAAUUUUUAGAAAAACUCCAUCAUUGUUUUUCUAAUUUGAACUAAAUAGUUAAUUUUUACUUUAAUCUUUUGUGUGUAGAGUUGUGAAAUGACAGGAUUGUAAAAGGCUAAGUUUCAGGAGUUGAGUUCAACGGAGGAGACUUAAUUUCUGUCCCUUCAGACAUCAGAAAUGUCAGGCUUUUGUUACUGUCUUUCAACACUGCCAUUGUUUUGAAGAUGAUGCUUGCUCUGUGCAGUUUGCAUAUGCAGAUGCCCUUUGCCUGAACAGUUCUGUAGGAACGAGGUAUAAAGUGUAAGACGCAAGAGAAAUUGAGAGAAAAAAAAAUAAAUCUCUUUAUUAUGGUGCCUAAACCUUCAGUGUACGGGAGCUUUGCAGCUGCACAAGGAGAAAAAUGCAUUCAAAACCAUAAUGCCAGUGUGAAUAAUCCUUUCUCGAAUGCUGCUUGCAGACUGCUCCAGCUUUGUCAGGUGAACUUGAACCGGGCCAUCAGAUUGGCCCCUGUUCCCAUCGCACACCCUGUCUAUCACCUCAGGGCAUUCACCAUCUUGACUGUUGUUUAAAGAGAACAAGCAAUCCAUCAUUGAACCAGGGAGUCACUUUCUCAUAGAAAAGUAAAAUCAGCAUGUGACACUACUCAGCCCUAGUGUUUUGCAGAUUAAAAUGAUACAUGGCGACUCACGUGUUACUAGGAAGAUUAAGUCAGUUAUCUUGUUCCACUGCCCAGACAAAAGAAUUCCCCUCAAGCAGUAAGUGGGAGAUUUACAGAAGCUGAAAAAGUUGGUCUCAACUAUACGGCGGUAAAACAGAGAAUUUAACAGGACAGAAAAUGAAUGUUACUUUACAUCUAUGCACCUUCCUGAAAAAGAUGGUACAAAGAAGACUCCAUCCCAAAAGAGGGAGCUGUUAAAUCUUUGUACAAGCGUCUGCUGUUUGAGGUCCCAAUUUUAUUACCAGAGAUGGACACACAAUGUAUUGUCUGACUGCCUUAGCAAUUGAUUUAAAUAUGGUGAAAUGAAUGAGCAGCCGCUGGCCCUGAGGCAGUUAACUUCAUAAGAGUAGGUUGCAAAUCCUGCAGCUACAGUAUCAAGUUAUUAACACCGUUAUUCCAUUGUGUGAUCUACACCGUAAUAAAAUUUUAAAUGAACCUCCAUACAGAAAUGAGUUCACAAUGGAAGGCUGGGAUUGCAGCCCUUAAUUUACCAAACUGAAGCAAAUAUUUAUCAUAUUACAGAAAAAAAGUAUUUCUUAAAUAAUUGAAUUUGUAACUGUUAUUUUUUUAAGUAAUUUUCAAAAAGAAAACAAAAGUAAGUAUCAAACUGUUUAAUUUUAGAUUAAGUGCAUUAAUUAAAAUUAACAUAAGAAAAAUUCAUUGCUUUCUAAUUAAUUUUUUUAACUUAAAAUAAUCUUAAAGUUUAAUUUGUGUUUUUCCAUUUAGAUCUUACACUAAAAAUAACACAGUUUAAAGACAGAAUUAUGUUUUCCCUUAGGUUCUCAUGAAUUUUAAACAACACCAUUGUUAGAAAUGUCUUCUUUGUUUACAUUUUGCCCAUAUUUUGCCACGACAAGUCCUUCCUUAAAGGCUAUUUUUCUAGUCAAAGGGAUUUCAAAUUGAAGAAUGCUCUCUUUUGUAACUUCUAACUACAUUUUUAAACAUUUCUUGUCUAUAGCCAGCUAUAUGUUCUGUACAUAUUCUCUAAGAAUAAAUGACAGCACUGGAAUAUGUAAGUUUUCUCUGCCAGGGACAAACACCAGAUUUGACCUUCUUUUCCUACACAAAUCACCAAAAAGGAGAGGGACUAUUUAAACACUUUUGUUAGACAUUUGACAUGGUCUUUUCCAAAUAACAGAAGGACCCACAGCGACUGGCUUUGAAGGGCGGUAUUCCCAACGUGUUUUCAAUAGAGAACAUUCUGUCUGGGCUGAGCACCUGGAUCAUGUGCAGCGUUCCCUUGGGCUGGGCAGCAGUCACUGAGCCACCUGCAUCAGAGAGGAUGGUAUAUGAAGGACGGGAGCCUCUGGCCAGCUGUAUCCUUCCCCAGCCUUUGGGGCAUGUUUGUGUAGGAGCCAGGCCAGGACAGACUAGCACACAGGCAUCCAUCUCUGUGGCCAUCCUCUUUGCCCCACCCCAGAUGAGUUAGCAAGAUCCUUCAAUGGUGUAGAUAAAGGUUAAGUGCAACGGAGCCCACUAGCCUUUGAAACAUGCCUUGUGCAAAGACUCAAAGCCAUAAAUUGUCUUGACAAUGGCAAUUUAAAAUAUCCAAGUCCUAGGACUUUCAGACAAGCACCAAGGAAGAUGACCUGAGAUUGAGCUGGAUAUUGGUGUAAGCUCCAUAAUUCAUCAUGACCUUGACAACCUACUGCAAAGAGACCCGAGGUCCUCCCCUCCUUCCUCCUCUUGUCCCUCCAUCCCGGCAGCAAGGCCUCUGCCCUGUCUGAGCUGAGCAAGGACACACACUCAACAAACGAAAAUUAUUCCUAGACUUCUUGAGACAACAUAAUCACAUAUAACGGCAAAUUAAACUUGGCAUCUCUAAAACUCUUUGUUGUUAAGUAUCAUCUUUUAUUAUAUUCAACUCCUGGUUAUUGGAGGGGAGGUGGAAAAUGCAAGCAGUCCAAAAAGAAGGCUGUUGUUUAAGAUCCAUCCUAUAAAGGCCAAUAACACAUUGUUGUUAUUUUUCAGUGGCUGACAUAGUAACUGAUGAGUGGGAGAUAGACAGCCCCAAAUUGCCCCGGAUGUCAAGAAAUGCCAGAUUUUGCCAUCAAUAACUUAAAAACUAAAUUACAAGGCAGAUCAAGAUGCACUCAGUGCUUGGCCAUUUGGUGUACUUCUUUGGUGGUUUUUGAAUAUAUGCCAAAAAUGCCUUUCUCAGAACUUCUACCAACCAGAGUGUAUCUCAAAUGCUAAAAUGGUGAACUAAAAAAGAUACUUGAGGAAAGUUAACUUUUUAUAAAUUUUAAAAAUCAGUCCAAUUAUCAGGAAAAUACUGUUUUCAGGAAGCAUUUUAUAGUUUGGUACAGCUGACUCAUGCAAUUUGCUAGAAGACAGAAGAGACCCUGCCAAGCGGUUUGUGUAUUUAUUGCGGUGUUUCCCAUUGGAAAGACUAGUUAUAUAUUCCACUCUGCUGAAAAUGGCUUCCCCUUUGCCCCUGCAAAAUAACCCUAGAGUUAUUCUCUCUUUCAAAUGCUAACAUCAUGUUUCUUAUGAAAAGAGCUAAAACUCAGAGAGCCACAGGUCCCUAAGUCUAAAUUCAGAAGUAUGACCUUUUAGGAAAUAGACCCUUUUUUUGUUUUUUGAGAAAACAGUUUAAAAAUCCAGACUGUGAAUGACUGCCUCUCAGUUGGAAAGGUCACUUUGAGUGCACUGUCCACAACAUUAACUAGAAAUGACCCUUGUCAUCACUCUCAGCAUGUGGGACAGAAGAAACAAAUGAAAAAACACACCCGAAAGAUGUUUUCUAGAAUAGGCCACUUGGAUAAUAGAUGAGACGCUGUGCUUGUGGACCACAUGGGCUCCUGGGGCAUUGUUCCCACUGUGUGUGAGUGUGCUGGGUGGCUUCACGAUGACAAGGCCGUGGAGAACUGCAGCAUCUCAACUGGACCACCAUCGCAAAGUGAAGAAAACGUCGUCUCGGUUCCCAGCUAAGAGCACUCCCUCAUACAUUGAUUUUUCCUGUCAUCCAUGGAUAAGAGUCCAGGAGCCCCACAGAGAAACUCAGUGUGCCAUUGGAGCAGAAGAACCCAAGAACAGAUGCAUUAAGAAGAUUCGGAGGCCGAGACUUUCACGCUCCCGGGAGCGCCCUGCAUUGGCGCGAUUCAAGGGCUGCCUGCUUUAUUUAAUUAAUACAUUCAAAGCUCGCCUGGGACCCGAGAGCCUGGGGGUGGAGGGAGAGGCCGAGGCCGGGCGUGUGGAGGAGGCGCUUUUAACGGGUUCCAGGUGUCGAUGCCCAGAAGUCACAAUCUGCCCAAGGCUGUGCGAUGCAGGGAGUGCAGGCGGCGGGCGGCGGCUCGCUACUCCCAGCCUCUCCAGCGGACCCGACCCGGACGCUAGGGUGGGCGCGGCUGAAGCGGGCCUCGGGCCUAGAUGCACUUCGCGGGUAACGGGCCGAUUGGACCCUCGCUCCAUCCUGGCCAAGGCCUCCUGGGGCCUUCUGACAACCUCGCCUCCACCCGGCCCGCACGCCUCGACCCGGGAGGGCUCCCACCGGGCUCCUGCCCCAGUGCGGCCGGGCCCCGGGCGCCCCAGCCUGGGCCUGGGCCCUGGGCCCGCGGCAGGCCCAGCGGUUGGUAGCCCGCCUCUCUGCUUCCGUUUUUUCUUCCUUGUUGGCCUUCAGAUGGAUUUAUUUUAAAUCUAGUGAGGGGGAAAAAAAUCAGCCUUAACAAGGCCUGGGUACUUCAGGACAAAUAAAUACAACCAGUGCCCGAAGCCUGGAGGCGCCGAAGCGACGCUCCAACCAGGACAAGAGCAGCUCUCGCACCUCUCCGCUCUUAGGUAAACACGCGCCGCGAGCCCUUGGCGCUGGAAAGAGCUGGCAACUCGGGCGGUUUGGGACUGUUAUCAGAAGAACGUCUCCAUGGCCUUGCUUGAAUCGUCUCUCAGCAGACAGCUUCAGAAAUAGAAUGGCUUGACUCAGAUGCCCACGCGCCCGCUUGGCGCAGACACAGACAGCUCGUCACAGGGAGGUCACAACGUGGGGAGGGAAAUGGAUGGAAUGGAAGAGCGCCUGUGUUCCCUAGUGCUGAAGCUCCGAGCUGGAGUUCUCAUUCCCACAGAGGAGGGGAGAGGACGGCUGGGCCUCAGCCCACAGGCUGUGGAGGUUGCAGCGGGCUGGGAAGGAGAAUUCCCAACGCGCGAGGCAGAAAGAGCAUCACUCUUAACUGCUGAAAGUGAUUAGACACCAUAAAAAUUAAUUGCACCAAUUUAGUGUAAAACAAGGUCUUCUGUAGAUGGGGAAGAAAAAGCCUGAGAUGGCAGGUGGUAGACAGAAUUCCUGCCACGUAUGUCAUGCUACUGAUGUGUAAAGGGACCUGCAAGCUCUCAUUGAACGGGUCUCGUCCUGGAGAAAUUGUGUGGAGGUAGCUGCUAAACUCAGCUAGGUCUCAGGUGAAGUUGUAAGCUGUAUUACUCUUACUCAAAAUUACGAUUAUUGAACCCUCUCCCUAUCUGUGCAUCUCCAAAUAAGCCGUUAGGGUCAUUUGUUUAUGGGAUCCCCUCGCCAACUGAGGUUUCCUGCAUUCCUCUGGAAGAGUACCUGCACCUGAGGAUUUGCCUCCACAGACCUGUGUCAUGAACUGUUCCCUUGGCAAAUUUCCCAGAGAAGCAUCCUACAGCCAUCACAAGCAUCAUCAUCCCUGAGAGAACAGUUGUUUGGCAUUAAAACUGUGAUGUCUUAAA